CCUUUUUCCGGGCAGUAGAGGGGGCGACCCACCCUGAGGCUCUCCCAAACCCUAAGAGUUCUGAUUUAGAGGGGGCGGGGCAGCAAAGCCUGUAACAUAUUUUCUUUUCCAUUGACAAGCCCUUGUCCCCCUUCACCCCCCAUCACAAAUAUGCAAAAUCAAGCAAAAUUAAUCCCGGCCCAGAAAUGUCUUACUGUGCCCCCUGAGCUUCAACCUUGGGCCCCAGGAGUCGGCUUGGAGGUUGUGGAUGCUAGUUCCCAAGCCUUAAAGUAUUUAUAUUCGAAAUGAUGCUGUCCUUGUAUAGAUGGUUUUCUUUGCUCACUCCAUUCUGCAUCAGUUCCUACAAGUCUUCCCAGGUUUCUUUGACGCCGUCUCUUCAUUUCUCACAACUACUGAAGGCAAACCCUCUCCAUGGAUUAAAGACAAAAUGGCUCUGGUCCCCUAUGACGCGGAAGGAUUAGGGAUACAGAAGUUCUAUAAACCUCUGACCACCUAUAAAUUUGUGAAUCACACCAUCCAGAUCAAGCAGGACUGGAAGCAGCUGGGUGUGGCAGCCGUUGUAUGGGAUGCGGCUAUUGUUCUCUGUACUUACCUGGAGAUGGGAGCUUUGAAUCUUCAAGGCUGCUCUGCAGUUGAACUAGGAGCUGGGACAGGAUUAGUGGGCAUUGUGGCUGCUUUGUUGGGUGCUCAUGUGACCAUCACAGAUCGGAAAAUAGCGUUAGAUUUUCUCAAGUCUAACGUUCAAGCCAAUUUGCCUCAAGAUAUACAACCGAAAGCUGUGGUUAAGGAGUUGACGUGGGGGCAAAAUUUGGGGAACUUCUCAUCGGACAAGUUCGACCUGAUCCUGGGGGCUGACAUCAUAUACUUGGAAGAGACUUUUGCAGACCUCCUUCAAACCCUGGAACAUCUCUGCAGCGACCAUUCUGUAAUCCUUCUGUCCUGCCGCAUCCGCUAUGAACGGGAUCAGAACUUCUUAAAGAUGUUGGGAAACCAUUUCACUGUUCAUGAGGUUCACUAUGAUCUCGAGAAAGAUGUACACAUAUAUAAAGCUCACAGGAGAAACCACAAAGACGACUUAUAGAAUAUAAUCAGAAGUACUUGCUAUAGACAUCCUGUAAAAUUUAUUGUGUCAUAUUUCAUUAGGUGAAUACCAGAUGAUGAAUCUGAUGUUGUGGUAUCGUAUGUACUCUCUGUUAUCACUCUUGAGCCAAAUAUCUUAUCCGACAAUAUCUUCUCAGGUACAUGAAAGGCAAAGAAUGAAGCAGCGGUCUUGUGAUGAAAUGCUCCUGUGGAUAGAUGCUCGGCCACAUCUGGAUCUUGAUUAGGGAGAGGGAUUGGACCUAGGAGUUCAAUGAUGAUUUUUCAUUUAGUGAACAUGUGAUUGGUGACUUCAAUGCUUAUGACUUCCAGGGAAGGAAAUUUCCUCUGCCAAAAUAGGUUAGCACCUUCCCUGUGUUACAGAGUGCUUUAGGGAACUGAGAAGGGAAGUGAUUGGACCAAUGAAUCACAGCUCCACUUGGCUUUUGGGACAGAUCCCUCCAAGCUGCCUCUCCUGUGGAAGUGGAAAAGCUGAAAUUAUACAAAUAACUUAGAAUUCUUUGACAAAGUUUCAUGUUUAAUAAGAGUUUUCAGAAUGUGAAAAGAAAUUUGUACAUUCCUUCUUAUCUUUGUUGUCUCUCUGUGAUUUCUACUUUUGUCUGGUGGCUGCAAUUUGUAAUUGGCACAUAUACUUUUAUGGUUCCUAAUUUCUAAAUUCAUUUGCAUAAAAAUAGAAUACAAUGAUUAAAAUUAAAUAUUUUAAGUAUUUUGAAAAAUGAGCUCUUAGUUGAGAAAAUAAAUCAUUUUUUAUUCUUUUAUGAA